AGAAAACGCCAGGCCAGCAUAUAUCAUGGCUGGCUUGCAUGGCUUACACCUGCCAACUUCAAUUCUACAAUAACCCUCACCCCACCGCUUCAACUUUUCAUAAACACGAGCUAAGAUAGAAACACACACUACAGUUUACCCAUCAACUAAUUAACUGCUACUAUCAGGCGGUAGCGAAACGUACGAGAAAGCAGAAAUGGGAAAGAAGAAUCAGGCGGGUAUGAGCAACCUUUUGUUGGCGUUGCUACUAGUUUUGGUUGCUUAUAAUUGUGCUGCGGCAGCUGGGGCCGGUGGCGGAGGGGGAGGAAGAAGAGGUCACCAUCAGUUCGAAGCAGAGGCGGUGGAUUCAGAAGGGAAAGAUGAGCAGCAGCAGAAGCUCUUCAUGUUGCAGGAAGAGAAAGAGGUGGUGAGAACAGAAGCUGGGGUGAUUAAGGUGGUCAGCGGUGGCAGCGACAGAUUAAUGAAGUCGUUGCAGAAGCAGCCGUUAAUCGAUAUCGGGUUCAUCACUAUGGAGCCUAAAUCCUUGCUCCUCCCUCAUUAUCUUGAUUCCACCCUCGUCCUUUUCGUUCGUUUAGGGGAUGCAAGAAUCGGCCACAUAUACAAGGAUGAGUUAGUGGAGAGGGACUUGAAAGCAGGGGAUAUAUACACCAUUGAAGCCGGCUCUGCUUUCUAUUUGGUCAACACUGCAGGCGGGCAAAGGCUUCGCAUCAUUUGCAGCAUUGUCCGCGCCUCUCCUACCAUUGGAUCCAAUCCUUUCCAGCCGUUCUUCAUCGGUGGUGGAAAACAUCCUGCCUCCGUUCUUGCUGGAUUUGAUUUCAAGACGCUAUCAACCGCUUUUAAUGUGUCGGGGAGAGAGCUAGGGGAACUUCUAGGGGCGAAUUUGUCCGGCCCGAUCUUGCCGUUAUCAGAUUCUCAGCGUCCCGCAAAUGCCUGGAGUGGUUUCCUAGACCUGAAGAAAGAGGAGAGGGUAGCACUCUUGAAGAGGGCAGCUGAUUUUGAGGCACCCGUGGAUAGAGAGGGAGAAGGAUGGACAUGGCUGUUCAGAAAGCUGAUGAGUCCCUUGAUGAGCAGCAAUGACGAUGCUACUGAUCCUUACAACCUCUAUGAAAGCAAGCCGGAUUUCAGCAAUGACUAUGGCUGGAGCAUGGCUGUUGAUGAAAAUGAUUACUCUCCUCUCAAACUCCCCGACGUCACUGUUUACCUUGUCAAUCUAACUGCUGGGUCGAUGAUGGCGCCGCAUAUCAACCCGAGAGCAACAGAGUAUGGGGUUGUUCUUAGAGGAACGGGAGAGGUUCAAGUCGUGUUCCCCAACGGAACGCUGGCCAUGAAAGCCGAGGUGAAGGAAGGAGAUGUGUUUUUGGUGCCUAGGUUCUUCCCCUUCUGUCAGAUAGCGUCCCUAAAUGGUCCUUUUGAGUUCUUCGGCUUCACCACCUCGGCCAGGGACAACCAGCCCCAGUUCUUGGUGGGCGAAGGAUCGGUUAUGCAACUUCUGAGAGGGCGAGAGUUGGCAAAGGCUCUUGGGUUGAGCGAAAAGAGGCUCGGGGAGCUUCUUGACGCUCAAAGUUUAAGUACCAUCUUGCCGUCGGCCAAGGCUGCCCCGCGCAGGCUGGAGGAGGGAGAAGUGCUUAGGAUGAUGAUAUGAUCCAUAGAUGAGAAUGGAGGGUGUGAUGUUUCUGGUGUUUAUAUGUUUGUCUCUUUUCAUCUUUGUUGUUCAGUUACGACCAGUGAAACUUGAGUAGUUAUGCUUAUUUCUUCUUCGCUGUCCUGAUUAGUUUUGUUUCCGGGUGAUUCUGUUCUUUUAACUUUAGUUCAGCUCUUUCUAUAGCUGAAUACAAAAAUAUGCACAAAAAUGCGUUUCUUGUUGUGUAGUCCAGUUCAGUAAUAAAGGGCUCGUUUACC